AUUUUACAUUCAUCUCUAAUUUGACGCAUAACGUCAACGUAAGUAAUCCGUCAAAUUCUAUGUGAAGUGCUUGUACAAUAAUUUUGCUUAUCCGCCAAAGUACAGAGUCAUUCUAGAAUAACUAAAAUGGCAGAAGGCCAAGAAGAACCUAAAAAAAUCACUAUAACAGUAAAAACUCCAAAAGAGAAGCAGCAAGUUGAAAUUGAGGAAGAUGCCGAUAUCAAGAAAUUGAAGGAGGUUUUAUCGCCAAAGUUCAGUGCUGAACCGGAACAGUUAUGUCUAAUCUUCGCCGGGAAGAUUAUGAAUGAUGCCGAUACUUUGAAACAGCAUAACAUCAAAGAUGGGUUGACAGUGCAUUUGGUGAUCAAAACACCCCCUAGACCAGAGCCCGAAGGUGCCGCCCGAAGACCACCAGCUGAUAUUGGUGCCACACCAUUCGGUCUAAACUCCUUGGGCGGCUUGGCUGGCCUAGAAAGCUUAGGGCUUGGACAAAGUACCUUUAUGGACUUACAGGCCCGUAUGCAGCAAGAGCUUUUGUCCAAUCCUGAUAUGCUUAGACAAGUGUUGGACAAUCCCUUGGUGCAGCAGAUGAUGAAUGAUCCAGAGAAUAUGCGUACCCUCAUCACCUCAAACCCUCAAAUGCAGGACUUAAUGGCUAGAAAUCCAGAAAUCAGUCACAUGCUUAACAACCCAGAACUAUUACGACAGACAAUGGAACUGGCCCGCAACCCUGCUAUGUUACAAGAAUUAAUGCGCUCCCAUGAUAGAGCAUUAUCUAAUUUAGAAAGUAUCCCUGGUGGAUACAAUGCCUUACAAAGAAUGUAUCGUGACAUCCAAGAACCAAUGCUGAAUGUUGCAAGUAAUAUGGCUGGGAACCCAUUUUCUGGACUUGUGGAUAACUCUGACGGCACCAACCCGCAACAGGGUGCCGAGAACAGGCAGCCUUUACCCAAUCCCUGGCAGCGCGGGGGCGGGGGCGGAGGCUCCGGAGGCGCCGCCCCAGGCACCGGGGGCGCGGGCCCGGGGCUCAUUAACACGCCGGGCAUGCAGUCGUUGCUGCAGCAGAUGGCCGAGAACCCGAGACUGGUGCAGUCGAUGCUCUCCGCUCCAUACACUAAUAGCAUGCUGCAGGCCCUCGCUGCAGACCCUGAUAUGGCCUCCCAGCUAAUCAACCAGAAUCCUAUGUUCGCGAACAACCCUCAGCUCCAGGAUCAGAUUCGCACGAUGAUGCCACAGAUGCUCGCUCAACUGCAGAACCCGGAGAUGCAACAAAUGAUGUCCAAUCCACAGGCGUUGAACGCGUUGCUGCAGAUUCAGCAAGGCAUGGAGCAGCUGCGCACCGCGGCGCCGAGCCUCGUCACCAACCUGGGGCUGGGUGUGGGUGCCGCCCCCGCCGCCCCGACCCCGCCCGCCCCCGCCGCCGCCCCGCCGCCCCAGCAACGCCGCCACCAGGACACUGAGCUGUUCACGCAGUUCAUGCAACGCAUGGUGUCUGCAAUGUCCAACAAUCAGACGAACACACAGCAACCUCCCGAACAACGCUACUCACAGCAGUUGGAGCAACUGGCCGCGAUGGGAUUCCUCAACCGGGAGGCGAAUUUGCAAGCGUUAAUUGCUACUUUCGGCGACGUGAAUGCAGCAGUAGAAAGGCUACUCGCACUAGGUCAGUUGUCUAUGAGCUAACACUCACGCGCAUAGACAAAUGUCACAAAAUGCCGCCGCUCGUUACGUCACUGAUCGCUAACCGUGGAUUGAGACCGGUAUUUUAUAAAGCAGAAUGUGUUAACUUGUCUACACAGCUUAGGACAAAUUAUAGCUUAUUGAAAAAAAAAUACACGAAGAAACCACAUGAAAAAGCGAACACCAAUCAUCGUAUCUCUAUCCUUUCCUCUCAUCCCUUUUGUAAUGAAAGAUUCAACCUUUUUUCAUACUUAUGGGUACUUCUUACUUAGAACAAGAACUUUGACAGAUCCUUUUUCGUAUCGCCAUCGUCAGUUUCUAUGGGAGGAGCUAGUUUGUUCUUACGUCCGGUAGGAGCGCUGCUUAGUCUCCAUAGAAACUUUGACGAUGGCGAUAUGAAAAAGGAAUACGGGUCAAAGUUCGUGCUUGGAAAACUAAUUUUCUUCUACUUUACUCAAAUUUGUUGGUGUAUAGCUAAACAGUAAACGAUUAAGUUAUUUUAGUAUUCAGCGACGCAACGAGUAAACGGCUGCCUAAAAAAAAUUGCCAUGUAAACACAUUCGCAAAUUCCUUAUAAUAUCAACAAGGAAACGUAAGUUUUGUAAUAUUAAAAUAUUCUUUCUAUUUCACAGUAAUUUCGAUUCCAUUCCUUCUUGUGUUAUGCAAAAUUAAAGGGGUAUUCAUUUUGUUUACCUACUAAAAUAAUUGUAAGAAAUAUAUGUUUCUUUCUAUGUUUAAUUUAAUCUAUUUUGCAAUGGUUUGUUUAUUGUGGGCAACUAAUAGUGGUGAAAGAACUUCUAUCAUUGCAAUAAAAUUAUGUAAAUAGUUUGCUUCGCAAAAGAAGAGUAAUUUUACAAUAAUACAUGAAAUUGCUCUUUUUUAUAAUCAUACGUGACUGCACACAAUCCGCGCCUAAAUGUGCUCUAUGACUUAAAUAAAAUAGAAAUAUUUUUCUUUGGCAUAAAGUCUUAUACAAUUAUUACACUAGUAAGGUAUGUAUAUCUUUUAAAUAUUUAAACUAGAAACUGAAGAAAUUGCAGUGGUUUUAAUUUGUGGCGGUUAUAUAAUAUUUUAAUCAAAGGUUUUCUUUCUAGCUUAUUAUUAUAGUGGUUUUAUAGUAAUUAAUUAAAUUUAAGUUGUAAAAAUAUGAAGGACUACUGUUUUUAGAGAAAUAUUUUCAUUUACCCAGACUUGGCUAGAACACACUUUCGUGUAAUUAAUGAUGAAUUGUAAGAAACCACUUUAUACUACUUAUAGCAAUGAUGAUGGGUGCAUACUUGAAGUAAGCAUUGAAAGUGUGGAAGUUAUGUGUUAUUUGUCAUAUACUGUGCAAAGUUGUUUAUUCGCAGUAAUUGUGAAAUGAUUGUUUUCACAGUUUGAGUCAAUAUCAAACAAAUUUAAUUGCUAGGUAUAAUCAUGGUUCACGCCUUGAAAUAAGUUUCAUAGUCACACUAGAAGAAAAUAUUUUGCAAAAUUUUUAGUAAUUGUAUAACAAACAUUAUUUAUUAAGGCGUGCUGUGAUGUAGUCUCCAUAGUUAGAAUUGUCUGAAAUCGUAUGAAUCUGGGUGUAACACUAUGUGACAGAAUGCAAUUAUUAUAAUUAAACUUGA